AUGUUAAGUUUUUUUUACAUUUUGUUUGAACCCAAAACAACAAGUGCAGCCACUUUUGAUGUAACAUCAUAUGGUGCAAUAGGAGAUGGGAAUACAUAUGACACCAAGGCUUUUGUUAAGGCAUGGGGGGAUUUAUGUGGAGAUACUUCAGCAGAUCCAACACUGAUCAUACCAUCCGACAAGACAUUCCUAAUACAAUGUGUGUCAUUCGUCGGUCCAUGCAAAUCUUCUAGUGUUCAUAUCCAGGGACUCAUCGUAGAUGGACCUGGCAAAAUUGACGGCCAGGGUUCCGUCUGGUGGCCACCAUCCAAUGUUACGCAGGUCAACAGUCCACACUGCGAUAAUUGCCCAAUGUUGUUACGUUUUGAACAUUGUGACGGGCUACAACUAGAAGGUUCAACGUAUACAAACAGUCCGCAGAGUCAUGUCAGGAUCGAGGGUUGCAAAGGCGUAGAUGUCGGAAAUAUUCAUAUUUCAUCACCUGAACAUAGCUCCAAUACUGAUGGAAUCGACAUCAGUUGGUCGUCACAUGUUAACAUCCAUGACUCUGCGAUUGAAUGCGGUGACGAUUGUGUGGCUAUUAAUGGUGGCACAUACGACAUUAAUGUAACCGGUAUCACGUGUGGACCUGGUCAUGGUAUAAGCAUUGGAAGCCUUGGUGAACAAGGUUCUCGUUCUACUGUGGAACACGUACAAGUUCGAAACUGUAACAUCACUGGAACGUCAAACGGAGUUCGAAUCAAAACUGCACCGAAUGGAAAGGGGUACGCUAGAUCGAUUUUAUUUGAGGACAUUAGUCUCAUUAACGUUAAAAAUCCAAUUAUAAUUGAUCAACAUUACGGCAAUGAAGCAAUCACAUCGGCGGUAAAAGUGAGCGAUGUAACGUAUAGAAAUAUACAUGGGUCUUCGGCUUCAAAGAUAGCAAUUAACUUCGACUGUGACGAGGAGGUUAAAUGUACUGGAAUCGUAACGGAUGAAGUUGGAAUCACUGGAGAUGAUGUAUAUGCUGAUUGCAAAAAUGUUGAUGGAAAGUUUAGUGAUACUACCCCUCAGAUAACAUGUAGUUAG